AUGGCAAGUAGAAAAGAAUAUUUUGAUAGAAGGAAUGCUUCAAGAGUAUAUCUGCUUGAUAGCUUUCCUCGGUGGAGAGCGUUCAAAGAAGAAAAUGGCAUAGAAACUGACAGGGAUGUUGCGAACAUGCUGCUUGAUCGAUACAUGGCAACUAGGAAUCUGAACGUUCGGUGUGUGAUGAUAAGACAUGAGACAAGAAAACAUUUGAGCUUUAAAUUCGUAUCAUAUAUAGCUAUAAUGUACUGUAUUGAUAAAUAUAUUUGCAUGUUUUAGCGACGCAGAGAUUCAAACGGACGAGGCGAGCACAUUGUCAAGCGAUACAGUGACACCUCCGACCAGAAGCAGGAAUGAACAUGAUUUCCCCCUUCCUGGUAAGAUAUUGUUGUUGCCGUAAUUAUUAAAUUAAAACACGUUUAUAUGAUGCUCAUGAACACAUAUGACAAGCGAAUGUAACUAGGAUGUUCUUUUAUCUAGUUGAUAGUUCAACACCAAGCGCUACAACUACAAGAAGUCGGCGGCGCUUGUCUGUGGAUACAAUUUCAACAUUGUCUGCAAAGUCUUUCCGGUACAGUAAUUUGAGUCUCAACUCUAUCAUUAUCACAUCUCAUUGUUCGAACAAAUGCAAACAAACAAUGAAAAAUUACUGUUAAAGGUAGGGUACAGUCCGUAUGUAAACAAAGCCUUUGUUUACAUUUCGGUAUUCAAAAUAUUGAACUUUAUUCGACAACUAUUUAUAUUUUCAUGCUUCUACAGUAUAAUCAAUGAUCAAGAUACAACAAUCAGGCUUUGCAAGAACAUAAAAUGAACAAAGUGACUAUAUGACCGGCAGCCGGUCACGGUUUAUCAAAUACUAAAUGGCCGGCAGUCUAGUGACUAUUGUUAAAGUUGAAUUUUUAUAAGAUAAACCUGUCCCCAACCCCAAACCCUUUUCUAACCCUAACCCCUAACCCUAACCUUUUGAGAGUUAGAAAAGUCGGAAAAAAAAGUUUAAAAAAUUUUAAGAAAAAACAAUGCUAAGUCAGACAAAACACAUCCCGACUGCGUUUAACUUUCCGCACGCAGCGCCCUUACCGUAUAACUAUAGUCACUAGACUGCCGGCCAUUUAGUAUUUGAUAAACCGUGACCGGCUGCCGUCAUAUAGUCACUUUGUAAAAUGAAAUAAAAACCUAAUUAAAGUGUUUAUAUCACGGCAUGAAACUCCUAUGUGUGCAUGCGCAGACCGGACUGUACCCUAUCUUUAACCAAUAAUUUUCUGCUAUAUAGCUUUACUGUAUAUUUUUACUUAUUAGAUCUGACCCAUAUCCCAUAAGUGAAGAGACCUUGAGUGCAAGUUCUCCUGGCAUGAAAAGUGAUAGUGAAGAAAGUGAAGGUGACAUUGGUGACUUAACUGACGACCCGGCCACCAGAAGGGACCCUGACCUGCUGUCUCCUCUUGAUGAAUUCGAUUUUCAUGAGUAAGUAAGAGUCUGUUAUUUAUACUAUUGAUACAAAUUUAUUACAGGCAGUAUAAUUAUUUUAUUGGUAAGUCAAGAAUUCUUUAGAAAUAUAUUACUGUCGUUCCAAUUGAAGUGUUGCUCAAAUAUUGAUUAAAUACAUUACCUCGGGCUGACCAAUUCAUUUCAUCAAGUUCCUCGAGAUAUUCAUACACUUCCUAGUAUAAUUGUAAACUUCCAGUUGAAUAGUUUGAAUGCACCAAUCACCUUUGUUGUUUGUGCAACUAACCAAUCAUAAAUAGAAAGGAAGUGACCAGAAAUGAUCAAAUACUUGGAAUUGGCUCUUUCACAGGAAGUGUAUGAAUAUCUCGAGGAACUUGAUCAAAUGAAUUGGUCAGCCCAAGGUAAUGUAUUGAAUCAAUAUUUGAGCAACACUUCAAUUGGAACGACAGUAAAUCCAUGUUAUCAAUACAUAACUAUACCAUAUAUAGCACAUACUUGUAUACCUGAAAUUUUAGAUCAUUUGAUCCUGGUUUUGAUCAACCAUUGGUAGAUGACUUGCUCAAUGUAACUAUCAAUGGACAUGAUGGAGAUGAGCCUGAUGAUGGGAUUGAAGAAGGCGGAUCCAGCCAACCAGCUACAUUACAUCAGUGUGUCUCAACCGUAGAAGUUGUCACCCCAGAACAAGCCAUAAAAAUGGAAAAGUGUAUUGUUUUUACAGACACUCUUAUGUCAUUGCUCACAUCUCUACAUGGGAGUGUCUGUAAACGACAAGAUUGUGGUCGUCCCUUGCUUUAUCGUAAAAUCUAUGUGGGAACAUGCCUUGUGGUAUCCUGGAAGUGUCCGUCUGGGCAUGUUGGUGGGAGAUGGGCAGCUCAACCAUCUUGUAACAAGAUCAGAGCAGGAAAUCUGAUACUUUCGUCUGCUUUGUUGUUGUCAGGUAACUCAUAUACCAAAGUAGGGCUGAUGUUCAACUUCUGUAAUCUGCAGUAUUUUUCAUCUACACUGUUCAACCAGUAUCAGAAGUUGUACAUCAUCCCUACAAUCAAUGAGUUCUGGGAACAACAUAAGCAACAACUUUGGAGUGAAAAGGCUGGUAAAGAUGUCAUAUUGAGUGGAGAUGGAAGGAAUGACUCUCCUGGUCAUUCUGCCCAAUAUUGCACCUACAGCCUGGCAGAUAUGCAAGAUAACGCUAUCCUCCAAAUGAAUGUUGUGGAUGUAAGGGAAGCCUCUGGAAAGAGCAACAACAUGGAGAGGAUUGGGUUUGAAAGAGGGAUGGAUGCACUUCACGUGGAAUCACCAAUAAUCGUCAAAGAGGUGGUUACAGAUGGUCACCUUGAGAUUGCAUCAGUGAUGAGUAAGUGUCAACUUUGUCAAAUUGAUAUGUCAUCCAAGCAACAACCAAUGUUUAUUGAUAUCUCAAGAAUUCCUAAUCCAACUCUGUUUCUACAUGAAUUAAACCAAUAUAUAAAAGUUGGCAAACUCUUUCCACUAAAAAAACAGUAACUCUGAAUAAUCCUGACGAUGACUACAAAAUAUUCAAAACGUAUAUUAAAAAUCAAAUGUUAUUUGGAGUUACUGUUUUUUUGUAUUUUCUUAAAAUACUGAGUGAUUUCCAUAAUUCUUUCCACUACUUCCUGGCCUCUUUUCACUGCAGUUUGUACUUUUUACUGUGUAUUUCAUGAUUGUACUACUCAUUGUCUCUUUUACAUUAGAAAAGGCAGAAAAGUAUCGAAAUGUUGGCCAUCAGAAUGACGUAUGGCAUGGUGGAAAAAACAUUGCGAAAAAAGUUAAUGCUGUAAGUAUUUGAUCAAAUUAUAUGGUCCAAACUCAGCUAAGUAUAUAAAAGUAAAAGAACAAUUACAGUAUAUGGUAUUACAGAAACAAUACAAUAAAACCAAGUAUUUUCAUAAGAUAUUGUACAUAUAUAAAGUCCGAGUAACUAUUGUUCUGUGCAUUAGGAAAAUACUCAGUGGUCCCUGCAAUUAUUUAUUCUAUACCUUGAAAUAAUAGCUGUCUGAAAGUUUUUGAAUUUUGAGUAAUACGUUACUCAAGCUAAAUGCAAAUUUAAUAUACGGUAUAUUUAAGAUGUGCUAAAACAGCUGUAUACUAUUUAACAUUGUUGUGUUUAAGUACUGUAUAAUAUUAUGCUUUGUUUUUAGGUGGCCAAAGCUAAAAAUAAUGAACAACUGAAGUUGUGGGCACCAUCUAUCAGGAAUCAUUUCUGGUACUGUUCAAAGACCUGUAAUAAUGAUGCAAAAAAGCUCAAG